UUAGACCGGUGUAGACAAUCAAAAUGUGUAUAAGAUCAGGACAAAGGACGCAAGUUAGAACCAGGUAUAAACGGGGCUUCUAAAUUCCAACAAGGUGUCAGUGGCGGAGCAGGAGGCAACAGAUUGUCCACGCCACGUCUCAGGGACGCCUCAGCUGAGUCACUUUCAGUGUGUGCGUGUGUGUGGGGGUGGGGAGGCUAUAGGACAAGGAGGGAUAAAGAGCUGAACUCGGUUCCUUCUCUCCUCUCUAGAUAACAGCAUGCAGGUUUCAAAUGUCGGUCAUGGUCAUGAAUGAUUAAGAAGCUAUUGAUAUUUACGUCACUUCCAGUGUUUGGCAAAUAUUUACUAAAUGUCUCUCUAGUCAAUGUAGUGUUUCAAUCUGAAUUAAAGUGAGAAGGGGGAUAAAUAGAGAAAAAGACAGGGGGUGAGAGACUGGCUAAUAAUACUAACAGGUAGAAAGAGCCAAAACCCCAUAAGCUCAUAAGAUGUUACGCAAAUGGAGGGGAGACAGUCAGAAAAGAGAACAGAUGUCCUUUAGAGGGGACCAGGCUAAUGCCACAUGUUGGUGACAGGUACAACACAUGCUGGCACUGAGGAUGGAGCAACGAGGAAGAAAAGAGAGGAGAGAGAGGAACAAGAUGGAGUUAUCAUGAGACAGAGGGAAAGGUAGAAAGAAAGAAAAUAGAAAGAGCAAAGGAGAGAGAGGGAUAGAAAGAGAGAGAUAGAGACCCCGUUUCAGUCUGAUAGCCCUGCUCACACAGACGACAGCGGGCACCCCCUCCUUCCCUUCCAGCCGUUUCAGUCUGAUAGCCCUGCUCGCACAGACGACUGCAGCACCCCCCCCCCCCUUCUCUCCCACUUGCACAGAAAUACCAUCACGACCCAAUUUGUUUGCUUCCCAGAGGAGAGGAAACCCCUGCCAGCGACUGGACAGGUACUCUUAAUGCUUCGCCUCGGGACUCACACCUCAUCAUCCCCACUCAAUGUCACCCUGCAGUCCUUCGCCUUCCGAGCCUUAGAACCACGGACCGCCAUCUAUUAUCACCUCGUUUUUCAUCUGCGACUCACCAACCAGCGCCCCACGUCACUUCUCUCCAACCCAACAUGAGAAAGGGACUCCAGGCCAGCCAGGCUGCUCACACAGGGCAGUGGGACGAGCAGAGGCAUCACGAGCAGCGGCUGGGGAGGGCAGAGAAAAAGUUAGCAGCCUUCUGGUUGUCCUUGUCGCAGAGGACGUGGACGUUUUUCAGGCCCCGUGGCGGCAAAUGCACCGGCUGCUUCCAGCGGAGCUCCUCGGCAGCUCGCCUACUGAAGAGCGAAGCGUGAGGACUGUGUGUGUGAGUGUUUGUGUCUGUCUGUCAGCGGCGGGUGUCAGAAGAGUCCUGGCAGACACCCCUAUCUGGAGGACCCAUAUCUGCGUGUGUAUGUGACCUCCAUCCCAGAGGUCAAAGGAAGUCUAUGUCGUUCUUCAGCCUUCUCCACCAUUGGCAUUCUUUCUUGGUUGUGUUAUCUUAGCAACGUUGACUAAAGAUGGAAGGACAAGCUGUCAUUCUAAUGUCAUUCUCAUUCAGAAGGAUAAACAAACUGUCAUUCUAAAGCCCCUGAAAUACAUCGAGCCCAGUGGAUUGGUUGAAGAGCGUUUGGCGAUUUUCUGCUGUCGACUGGAAGGAAUCUCCCCAUUCACUAAACUAAACUGUCAAAGAGGAGACCAUACCACAGAGAAUAUAUUAGUGGUGGGGAUUGGUGUGAAAAAGGGCAGCUGUCACUCCCUUAACCCCUACUGGGGACUUUCCAGAUGGGGUAACUGCGACCUGCGGAGACCAUGGUGGUCACCCAUUUAGAGCUAGAGCUGUGCUACCAGGGGAAGAAGCUGAGGGGCUUCACCUGUAAGCUGACCCGCUCCCCCCAUGGCUAUCUGCCUGAGAGUGCCUGGCUCAUCUUGGCUCAGAUCCUACUGCCCUACCUGGUGGCCGGCCUGGGCAUGGUGGCGGCAGGCAUAGUCAUGGACUUGGUUCAACAUUGGGAAGUGUUUAAGGAGAUCACAGAGGUGUUUAUCUUGGUGCCAGCCCUGGUGGGACUGAAAGGCAACCUGGAGAUGACACUGGCAUCCAGACUGUCUACAGCAGCGAAUACUGGGCAGCUGGAUGAUCCAAAGCAGCAGUGGAGGAUAGUGUGUAGCAACCUGGCUCUCAUUCAGGUCCAGGCCACAGUGGUGGGUUUCCUGGCUGCGGUAGCUGCAGUGGGUUUGGGCGCGAUGACCAGGGGUCGUGUAGACCUGCUGCAGGCUGCUGUUUUAUGUGCCAGCAGCAUCACCACAGCCUUUGUAGCUGCUCUGUCAUUGGGCCUGGUGAUGGUGGGAGUAAUCAUUGGCUCAAGGAAGGUGGGCAUCAACCCUGACAACGUGGCCACGCCCAUCGCUGCCAGCCUGGGUGACCUCAUCACCCUCUCUCUGCUGGCUGGGGUCAGCAGCUUCCUCUUCCGGUUUAAAGAGAUGUGGUACCUGCCUGCUCUGGUGUGUGGCUUUUUCCUGGUUCUCAUUCCGCUGUGGGUGGUCAUUGCCCGGCACUCUCCUCCAAUCAGAGAGGUGCUGAGGUCUGGGUGGCAGCCCGUCAUCAUGGCCAUGUCCAUCAGCAGUAUUGGGGGCCUGAUACUGGAUAAGACAGUGAGUGACCCGAACUUUGAGGGCAUGGCGGUGUUCACUCCCGUAAUCAACGGUGUGGGAGGUAACCUGGUAGCCAUCCAGGCCAGCCGCAUCUCCACCUACCUACACUACUGGAGUAUGCCAGGGACCCUGCCCUUCCCGAUGACACAACACUGGCCUGGGCCCUGCCUGACCUUCUGCUCCUCAGGGGUCAACUCCAAGUCAGCGAGGGUUCUAGUCUUCCUGGUAGUUCCGGGUCACCUGCUUUUCCUCUACACCAUCCACUUACUGAAUGGCGGCCAUGGCGCACUCACGCCUGCCUUUGUCUGCCUCUACCUGUGUGCGGCCCUGCUACAGGUUGUGAUUCUGCUGUACCUGGCUGACCUGAUGGUGCGCUGGAUGUGGCGGAGGGGGCUGGACCCGGAUAACUACUCUAUCCCGUACCUCACGGCUCUGGGGGAUCUGUUGGGGACCGGCUUCCUGGCCCUGAGCUUCAAGGCCAUUCAAUCUAUACCAGCCCACCAUGUCUAGUGCGACUGAAAUUAAGAUAUAACAACGUGGCCUACACAUUGUAGUUUCACAGGCCUCCGACAACCACCAAGCUUGACUUCACAUACGGUCUCUUGGCUCCACAGAAGCCCUGUUUAUGCCUGCCAUUAACAUGCGUCCUUCGUCCUGAUCUUGUCCAUUUACACUUAUAAGAUCUGAUCACAAUGCGUCUUUUAAAAGUCUACACAAUCAGAAUGUGGAAAAGAUCAGGGAAAAGGCGUCAUGUUAGAACCAGGUAUCAACAGGGCUUAAGAAAUGAAUGCUGCUAAGGGAGUACCUGUAUGCUGUAGCUCGACAGUCUUUCAGCGCCCACUUACCACAUAGAAGCUGUUGAGAUGUGAACGCUUUAAACGCUUUAAUGGUCAAAUGGUAAAUGCACUGUACUAAAGCAAUAAUAUUGUCUGCGCUUGUUUGUUUGCUGACUGUCUAUACAUGUAU